AUGUAUAGUACGCGGAGACCUAUUGUGAGAUUACGAGCUGUGAUAGAAUGCAGUUGUGCCUGUCGCGCGCGGUUUUCAAGUACACGGAUGGCGAGCAGCAGCAGCAGCAGCGCGACGGAAGCCGGUCUGGCGAAAGUGCUUCCGUCUGCUAAUUUUGUCGCGCAAAUUGGGCGGCAAUUCCAGCCCGCGAUCAAGCCGCGCGCGAUGCAGCAAGAUCUGAGUGCUCUUGUCGAAGUGCAGGACGCAAACACGGAGUUAGAGGGGUUGAAGGCGCGAUUUGGCGACGGGCGGAGGUUGGUUGCGUAUCUGCGAGUGCUGGAGCGGGGGAUGCAGGAGGAGACGUCGGCGGAGAAGAUUAAGAGCGCGUCGGUGGCGGGGAUGAUGGCGACGUCUGCGCUGAUUCAGAAGAUUACGGCGACCGGGGUGGUGUUGGGGAAUCAGUAUGCGCUGGGGCGGAAGUGUUUGGGCGAGGUGAUGAGUCGGGAUGCGGAGACGCGGGCGCGCGCGCGGGAGGUGUUGGUGAAGUUACGGGAGACGAACUUGCCGCUGGCGUAUUUUGUUUGUGGGAAUCUGUUUAUGAGCAGCGAGCAAUACGACCGCGCGCGGGCCGAGUACGAGAGCGGGAUCCGCGCGGCAGAGGCGCAUGUCGACGCGUCUGAGGCCGACGACGCAAAGUUCUACGACUACGACCGCGAGGCUGAUUUCAGCUGCAUGGUGCAGAGCCAUCUGAUGCUCGGGCAGCUCGGGGAGCGGACCAAAGACGUGAGACUCGCGCGGCGGCACUACGAGGCCGGGCUCGAGCUGCGGGCGGUGUCGGGCGAGAAGCUGGCGCCGCUCGAGGUCGCGGCGGCGAAUUACCUGUCGAUCGUGGCCGAGUGGGAGUAUAACCCGCGCGCGAUGGAGCACUACGGGAUGAAGAGCGCGAUGGCGGGGAAUGUGUAUGGGAUCCUGGCGACGGUGCGGGUCGGGAAGCGGUUUGAUGAGGAUAGCAGGUGGGCGCGGAAGUGGCAGGAGGUGUUGACGGUGCAGAGCAUGCUGGCGUCGGACAUGCAUCUCACGCUGCAGAGUCCGGAGCUGAAGCCGGUGUAUGUUACAAAGGCUUUGAAGGGUCGGUGA